AUUUCCGUCGACGCAUUGACAAGACAGAAGGUCGUUAGACUGUUAGAGGGGAAGGUAAGAAAGAAUCAAAAAUUCUGGAGCCGCGAAAAAGUAGCGAGAAAAAGUGUGGCAGAAAUGCCUUUAGCUGACAUCAACACGUCACUGUCGGCCGUCUCUGCAAUCGAUCCAAUCGAGUUUCUGCUCACUAUUGCCGUGUUCGUCGUGAUGGUCUCGGUGUUCACGUUGUGUACGUGUUGCGGGAAUGAUAAGAGUAAUAGGGAUAAACAAGAUGAAACAGUCUAUGGCGUCGUGGCUGUCACGGGCAACCCACCAAAUCCGGCAUCCAAACCAGCCGCCAUCAACAACAUCAAUUUUCGACCGAACCCCGCCAAGGCUGCUCAUGAAAGGCAUUCGCAGCCGGUCACCAAUAUGCUGCAGAAUAUGUUGACCUUCAAUCGACAAUCGGCGCCAGGACGAGCGCUUCCCAAAUUGCCGGCUGACUUGUAUACGGCAAUCGACAAAAAAAGCAAGCAAGGAGGGGUGACCGCUGGAGAAGUGGACGAUAUCCGAUUUGUUGAUGAAACUGUGAAUCCCAUGUAUGAAUGCAUCGACGCUGAAACCGAUUCAUUUGUCGACCCGCUUUAUUCCAAAGUCGGUGAAGUGCAAGGAACUUCUGCAAACCGUGAUCGCAAAUACGAUUACCCAAUUUUCUCUGGCCGCCCACAAAAUCGAACUCGACCAGACGAGACUGUCUAUCAGAGUGCUUCUCAGAUUUAUGCACCCAACUCUGAAGAUCCGUACAGUUCUAUAACAUCGGAACGUGGAAGAAAUACAAAUGAGAAUGAUGGUGAUAACAGCAGUGCGUAUGAUCCAGGUUAUGCAAAAGUCAACUUGAAUGUGCAGCCCAAGACAGGAGAGGAUAAGAAGAAAGCAAAAAUUGAGAAGACUGAGAGAGAGCUGGAUUUGUUGUACUCCAAGAUUCGCCGUAACGUUUCCCACUAUGGCGAUGACUCACAGCCUGGUCCGUCCAACAGACCAGAGCCUAUUCUCCCGACCUACCCAAUUGUGGAUCCAAUCCCACCGCCGGUGCCAUUUGAUGAGCAGUCAGCCGUGUCAAGCCGGGAACCAUCGUACCGGUAUAUUACCAUGAGAGAAAACGCCGAUGUGGUUCGAGAACGCUUGCGGCAACAGGGACAACUUGAUCAGCCGAGAAGGGAACAUUAUUAUUCGACGAUUGGAAAUGAAUAUGAAACGAUCGCCAACGGAAGCCUACCCAACAAUGCUAGAAAUCCAAUUUCCAUUGACACGCAGAGAGCCCCACUUGCGAACAUUUCCACAAGCUCAAUUCACGAUGCUCCACCACCACCAACUUCUCCAAUUCCUGGACGUAGUCGUCCUGUCUCUUACAUUGAAACUAACGGAUCCGGUGUUGCCAUUCCGCCACCACCGGAUCUUCGAUGCUCUCCGGUUCCACCGCGUCCUCCAGGAGACGACCUUCAGCCACACGUGUUCUCCAUCUCGCAUGCUUCCUCAUCCUCAAUGGCGCCUCAACGAGUGACCUAUUCUAUUGAUGCCAAUGAUGCGUAUACCUUGCCAACGACCAAUCGACCGACAUCGUCGUUCAGAAGUAUGGAGACACUGUUAGGGAAAAGGACUGUUGAGGAAAAGGAGACAAUUGUAGAAAAGAGGUCGACUUUUGCCACUGGGGUCCCCAUCCCUCACGCCACAGCGUCUGAUGCAAUGAGCCGGAGCAUGGACUCUUGGGGAACCUCACCUAGUCGUGCCGUCCACGAAGUACCGAUUCGGAGAGUUGAUCGAAACUAUGAGGGAGGUGGUCCAAGUGUAGACGUGAUCAUUUCUGGAAGACGAUAUCGAAGUGGACAGGGAGUAACAGAAGAUCCAAUGAGCUCCAGCUAUGUGCAUGAUUGCAGGGCCGAUAGUGACCGGGAAGGUGUGGAGAGUAGUUCUGAGAAACGCCGAGAUCGCACAAAAAGCUGCAGUGAAGACGAAGCAGAGAUGGGUCGAUCCAGUCGAAUGUCCAGAAAUAAGAAAGGCUGGAAAGAAGAAACUGAAGAGGAGAGAAUAAAGCGCCUUGGCACCAUCUACACUGCAAAUGACUACGUCAGCCAAAUGGACAUGACGGACCAGAAGCCAUGGCCGAUGAAUGGAAGUUCCAAUAGUUCUAAACAGAAAAAUUAGAUAGUUUUGUGAUGCUUUUUUCAAAGUUUUAUAUCUUCGGGUUUUGUCUUAUGAGCUUUUUUUGGUGCAAGUGGACUUUUUGAAAAAUGUAAUGAGUACAGUACAUUUGCACCUUGUCUCCAUUGCUUUACAUUAAGCUGUUAAUAGAUUUUUCAAACUUUUUAUUAUGUUCCUGUUUUUUAUUUUCCUGUAAUUUUUUCCCUUUCACAGUUUUCAACCUCCUCCCCAUCCCUCACCUAAUUUUUAAUCAGCAACUAGUCAUACUCUAAUUUCAACUCCCUCUAUGCACAAUACUAAUACGUAUUCUUUCCAUUUUAUGCGCUGUGUCCUCACUCUUUCAGCAAUUGACGGUGAUACCAAAAUGUUCACUUUUCAUUUCUACAACAGAUUUUUACUUACCGUGUAUUAUUGUUAUUUAUUAUAUGUAUAUGUACUUGCAAAUGUCUCAUUUUUAACUGUAUCCUACAAUGAAUUUUUGAAAGACUUA